UCCUCUAUCUCCCCUUCUAGUCAGUUCCAUGAGGGCAAGGCUCUUUGUCUGGCUUGUUUGCCUCUGAGUCCCAGUAUCAGAAACAGUGCCCGAGGCUCCGUAAACAUCUGUUGAAAGGAAUGGUUGGAUACAGGGGUGAAGGGACAGAUGGACAGAUAGGACAGCGGGUGGGGGGAUGAUGUGUGCUGAUGGUAAUUACAACAGCAAAGGCCAACAUGCUCUAGACACUAAUCUUAACAUUGUGCAGAGAUGACCUCAGUGUUCCAAACACAAUGGGGGAUGCGUUAUUAUAUCCCCCACUUUAUGGAUGAGGAAACUGAGGCACAGAGAGGUCAUUCUAGGUCCAACACUGGCAGCCUGGCCCCAAACACCGGUCCCUCUAUUUGCCUGCCUUACGCCCCGAGCAUGUGCUGGGCCUCACCUGUUUGCCACGGUCCCUCUGCAGGAUGUCAUGACCGGGCCGUCCUGCUCUACGAGUAUGUGGGCAAGCGGAUCGUGGACCUGCAGCACACUGAGGUCCCCGACGCCUACCGCGGGCGUGGCAUCGCCAAGCACCUGGCUAAGGCUGCUCUGGACUUUGUAGUGGAGGAGGACCUGAAGGCGCAUCUCACGUGCUGGUACAUUCAGAAGUACGUCAAGGAGAACCCCCUGCCACAGUACCUGGAGCGCCUCCAGCCGUAGCCCUGGCCCCGCGGGGCAGGACCCUCCAUGCCGGACCUCUCCUCGCGGCCUUCACCCCGGCCCUCUGUGUGCUCUCAGGAAAACUGCUCCCCACCGGGGAUGGACUCAGAGUUAUUUUUGUAAGGACGCUCCUCGGUGGCCCCCAGAGGCUGCCGGCCAAUGACGGGCAGUGGUCCAGCUACCGCGGUGAAGGGGAAGCCGGGUAGCCGAGGUCCCGGAGGACCCCACUCCGCACACACUGGCUGGCUCCUCACGGGGCCACCCCCACCUUUCGUGGGCAGGCCGGCGGGGGCCAGCAGCCAGGACCAGAGGGUGGCCAGGGCUGUCCCUGUGGCCGGUCUGGGUCCCACCUGCUGUUCCCUGCUCUGUGAUCGGCAGGGGGGCUGAUUUGGGGCCCCCUCUGCCACCACCUAGGGCUGUGUCCUUUGUGCGGCGAGGAGGGGAUUGCCUGAGUGGACAGGAGCAAUAAGAAACCUCGCGUGCCAACUUCCCAGGGGCUGCCACCAGCCCCUUCCCUUCCCCCAGCUCCUGCACCCCGGCACUGGGGGUUGGGCCCAGGUGAGGGGCAACCCUCCUUCAGGGGCAAAGCCUGGAAUGCGUGGACUGCUCACCCCCGUGGCCCGACCGUGCACACACGAGCACAUGUGCGCGCACAUAUGCACAUGCACGGGACACUGUGCAGGUCUAUGCAUCAGUGCAGGGGCUGGUGGAGGGAGCACUGGGUGUUCUCUCCUCGGUACCUGUUCCCUUAAUUCCUUGCCCCCUCGUCUGUUAGCUGUGCAGGAGGUCAAGGUCCCCAUGCCCUGUGGCCGCCAUCCCUUUUUGCCCCGUCUGCCUGGAGCCAGCCCCAGGCACGACCAGAGCACCAAGCCCCGGGACCCCCCUCUUUUACCAGCCUCUUGGUCCCCCGCGGGUGCGCUUUCUCACAGAGGUCCCUUGGGAGCUCAGGUGGGAGGGAGGCACACUGUCCUCACAAGACCGUCCUCACUGCCAAGGGGAAGAAACAGUGAUGUGGUGG